GUCUAUCACAUGCAUUUUAUUAUGUGGAUCUUUACCAACUCACAUGGCUAUAAAGGUACCUAGUGGUCCCAGCAGUCAACUUUGGCUGAUCCAGGGAGAUUGCUCUCACAGAUGGAAUACCCUUGCCAAGAGAAUAGCAGAUCAUCCAUUCAACCAUGCAUUGGAGGUGCUAUUGCCACACAGUGCUACUGUACCUGACUACAUCGAGCUACUGUUUUCUACGCCCCAGUCGUACUACACAGCACACCUUUCCCUGAGUCACAUAAUACAGCCUGACAUCAUUAGCAAGUACAUAGCACUAGGCAGUAUAUCUGCCCUCUCGGUCGGAACAAGAAUUGACAUUGACAAUGUUUACUGUCUACUACCAACAGGGAAACUGAUCCUCUCUUUAGACAAGGACACGUAUGAGCAACUUGGGCUGCAAGGGCGACCAUCGAGAUAUACCAAGAAUCAGCGAUUUAUGGUUGAGCUGGACUUAACAGCCCCUCACUUCAAGCCUGGGAAGCCCAACUACGAGAGAGUGAAGUGGUGUCUCACGGAGAGACUAGACUUGGAGGUCGAUUUUGUCAUCUGCUGGAAUGGAAAUGAUGUGGAUGAUGAACCAAAGUUCUUGGAGGACUUCAAAGCCAUCAAACAAAUCUGCCAGCUGGAUAAAGAAACCCUUGCAAGUUUCCCCAUGCCAACCAUACGAGGCGAUCACCCACACGGUCUGGUUGAGGAUGGUGAAGUAUUAAGCUGCACUGUACAGGAGUUCCACACUUGGCUAGGGGUUGUUGCUAACGGUGGACUGACUACGUUCUACGAAGGAUCAGCUGUUGACAGUUAUGUGUCUAGGUUUUUACCACCCGAGCCACAUUCAGAGUGUCAGCAUGGAAUCAGGACAAGGUGGACUGGAAUGAUGUCUCCUGCUUCUAUUGUGCAUCUAUUGGAAAAAUUAAGGGACUAUGUGUCAACUGUGGAUGGCUCUGGACCACCCUGGGUUGCUGUGACUGUGUGGGGGUUCGAGGAUGCCCCUGUAUCAUGGAGAACUAAUGAGCAUGGCUACUGCCAAUCUGGUGACAAUCAUUACACUGUAGUCAUGUUCAGAACUGGUCAUUUUUGGUAUUUGAAUAUGUUAGGCUCACACGAUAUUAUUUAGUACCCUGCUUUGAUUUGUUUGUCCACUAUCGUGUUUCAUAGUUUUCAUAUUGAUUUA